UCGCUCCGCCUCUCAGCCCUUCUCAUUUCUGCCUGUUUAAAUCCCAGUGUCUUGUCCCCUUCCCUCCUAUUUCACGACCAUGUUUUUCCUGACUCCAGUUUUGGUAGCUGUGGUCUGCAUUUUGAUUGUGUGGAUCUUUAAAAAUGCUAAUGGAAGCAAAGAGAAGAUGAAAGAGGAAUCUAGAGCCAGGACUGAGGCUCGCCCCUGGGUGGAUGAAGACUUGAAAGACAGCACUGAUCUCCACCAAGCGGAAGAAGAUGCUGAUGAAUGGCAAGAGUCAGAAGAAAAUGUGGAGCACAUCCCAUUCUCCCACACUAGAUAUCCUGAGAAGGAAAUGAUCAAGAGAUCCCAGGACUUUUAUGAGCUCCUCAACAAGAGACGGUCUGUCAGAUUCAUCAGUGAUGAUCAAAUUCCAAUGGCUGUCAUUGAUAAUGUCAUCAAAGCAGCAGGUACAGCCCCAAGUGGGGCUCAUACAGAGCCCUGGACAUUUGUGGUUGUGAAGGACCCAGACAUGAAGCAUAAGAUUCGUGAGAUCAUUGAGGAGGAAGAAGAAAUAAACUACAUGAAAAGGAUGGGACAACGAUGGGUGAAAGACCUGAAGAAACUGAGGACCAAUUGGAUCAAAGAGUACUUGGAUACAGCUCCAGUUUUGAUUCUCAUUUUUAAACAAGUGCAUGGGUUGGCUGCAAAUGGGAAGAAGAAGGUCCACUAUUACAAUGAGAUCAGCGUGUCCAUCUCCUGUGGGAUGCUCCUAGCUGCCCUGCAGAAUGCAGGGCUUGUAACUGUCACAACCACUCCUCUUAACUGUGGGCCCCGUCUGAGGGUGCUCCUGGGCCGUCCACACAAUGAAAAAUUGCUGAUGCUGCUCCCUGUGGGGUAUCCCAGCAAAGAUGCCACGGUGCCAGACCUCCAGCGGAAGCCUCUGGACCAGAUCAUGGUGACCGUAUAGGAAGGAAGAUGCAACAAGGCACAUACCUUGCCCCUUUUCUCUUGCUCUGGGGUCUUCUGGUUGCUCUUUUGUGGGUGACUCCACAAGGCUAGCUGCUGUG